GAGGUCCAGUAGCGCCCCCGUCACGGCACAACCAAAGAUCGUGAUUUUCUCAGUGCUCAUGGAUACACACAUUUCACGGAAAGUCAAACAUUUCUUACUUAAAUAACAACAAAUUAACCAACAAUUAGGGGCUAAGAAGUGGUGCCGUUGUAGUCAUAGCCAGCUAUCGCUACAAUGCAGAUCACACUAAAAACCCUGCAGCAGCAGACCAUCCAGAUUGAGAUAGAUCCCGAUCAGACGGUAAAGGCCUUGAAGGAGAAGAUCGAGACAGAGAGGGGGAAAGACAACUUCCCAGUAUCGGGGCAGAAGUUGAUAUAUGCUGGUAAAAUCCUGCAAGAUGACACGCCCAUUAAGGACUACAAAAUCGAUGAGAAGAAUUUUGUGGUAGUUAUGGUGUCCAAGGCCAAGCCAGCUGCUGCUGCCGCCGCCACCUCGCCUCCUUCCUCAGAAGCCCCCAAGCCGCCGGUCCAGGACUCUGGCUCCACGUCUACAGCCGCCCCCGCGGUCCCCACCCCCGCCGCCGUCCCCACCCCCGCCGCCGUCCCCAUCCCCCCUGAGGUGGCCACGGAGGAGCUCGCAGCGGCUGCCACGGACGCCCCGCAGCCCGCCGGCUCCAGCACCGCCGUCCAGGGAGUGGAAGCCUCUUCUGCGCUGGUGACGGGAGCAGAGUACGAGGCCAUGCUGACGGAGAUCAUGUCCAUGGGCUACGAGAGGGAGCGGGUGGUGGCCGCGCUCCGGGCCAGCUUCAACAACCCCCACAGAGCUGUGGAGUACCUCCUCACUGGUAUUCCCAGCAGUCCGGUCCAGGAGACUAAUCCUCCCGCCCAGCCCCCCGCGUCGGGUCGCACCGACGCUCCCCCCCUACCAGAGGGGGAGAACCCUCUGGAGUUCCUGCGGAGCCAGGCCCAGUUCCAGAACAUGAGGCACGCCAUCCAGCAGAACCCUGCAUUGCUGCCCACCCUACUGCAACAGCUUGGCCGCGAGAACCCCCAGCUCCUACAGCAAAUCAGCCAGCACCAGGAGCUGUUCAUCCAGAUGCUCAACGAGCCAAUGGGAGAGGGGGGGGAGGGGCCGGAGGUGGGCGAGCUGGGGGCCGUCGGAGAGGAGGGCGCCCCGGUCAACUACAUCCAGGUCACCCCCCAGGAGAAGGAGGCCAUUGAGAGGUUAAAACAGCUGGGCUUCCCCGAGGCGCUCGUCAUCCAGGCGUACUUUGCCUGCGAGAAGAACGAGAACCUGGCCGCCAACUUCCUCCUCAACCAGGGCUUUGAAGACGACUGAGAAGACCAAGACUCCUCCCCCCCCCCCCCCUCCCUCCCUCCCUCCCUCCCCCCUCCCCCGCAUCUCCCUCCCCCCUCCCCGUCGUUAGCUCAGCACAAGGACUGCACCCCCCGCCCACCACACCCCCCACCCUACUGUACAGCCCCCCAGCGGGGCGUGGAGGCCUGCAGGGGAGGGGCGCUGCCGGGCAGGGAGGCUUGGGGUGGGGGGGGUGAGGUUUCUUGGGAGGGAGGGAGGGAGGGAGGGAGGGAUCCUGAAAUACACCAGAAUUCCAGUGGAAUGUGUGGGGCUUGUUUUAGGAUCUUAAUUAGGUUUUAGGGGGGGGGUUUGGGAGGGGGGUUCUGAUGGGGGGGGGGAGCCUGAGAGUUGUGGGCGCAUGCGUCUUUUUUUUUUUUUUUUGAGUGUGGGAGUGUCCGCUGGUACCUGUGCAGAUGGGUGUUGGGCGAGGAGACGGGUGAUCCAUGUGCAUAUCUACGCUUUGUUUACCCUGUUGGCGGAAGCACAUUCAACUCACUGCACGUGUACAACAUUAUCAGUGUGUGUGUGUGUACCUCUGUAUGCAUUCAUCUGUGCACGUCCAAGGAUGAAAUGGGCAGAGGUGGACUUGGCGUGCUGCUUUGCGCAUGUGUGUGAGAUGAAGUAACUGGGGUGACGUGGGCGGUAGGGAACGAAGCGGGAACUAAAGUGAUGUUUAAUGACUAA